GUCGGACAGAAAGCUAAAAAAAAAAAGUGAAAUAUGUCCAGUCGCCAGUGCACUUGUUAGCUUCCUCACGAAGGAGUCUCCUUCUUUUACUUCUCUAACCAUUUCUCUUCUAUCCAACUUCGAACAGCAUAGCAUUCUAGAAAUCAAAGAGGCAAAUCAUAACACCUACAAAAUCAUCAAACCCUGCGUUUCUUUUCGUAAUGGCUUCCAAGGAAGACCAAACGUUCACCUUGAGACUUUUGGUAGACAGAGAGAAAAAUCGUGUAGUUGUGGCUGAAGCAACCAGAGACUUCGUGGACACAUUUUUCAGCUUCCUCACUAUUCCACUCGGAACUAUCAUUCGACUCGUUUCGGAAAACAACCACCAUGAUCAACAACCAGAGCUUGGCUGCAUCAACAAUCUGUACCGUAGCGUGGAGAAUUCAAGUGACGAGGUUUUCUGGAACCCGAUUUGCAAGCAAAUGCUGCUUCGACCGCGAAACCCUCACGAAAGCCUUUGCAAGAAACUGAAGCUGAAUGUGGAUGACACUGAGCCUACAAGGUGCUUCAUGUGCAGUAUCAAAUGUAAGAGUGAUAAUUAUUUCUUGUUAAGUACUUUUGCAGGUGCUAGUUGCCCUUCGUGUGGGAAACUGAUGGACAGAGAAUUGAAGCUUCUGGAAGAUUCUGGUGAAGUUGGUGUUUUUCUUAAAGGGGAAGCCAUGUACAUGGUUUUUGAUGAUUUAAAAGUGCUCCAAAAUUUUCCUGGAAACUUGAUGAAGGAACUUGUCAAGCUUGGCUACACGGAUUUUAAAAAUCUCAGCGAGAUGACCAAAGUUGUUAGCCUCAAGGGGAUGUUGGAGUUAAUGAAGCGAGCAUUAACCUCCAAUUCUCCCCUCAGUGAUGUGUUCUUGGCAAGAGAAGAAUCUAAGCCUCUGUACACCUUCUCACCAAAAGUUGGUGGAAAGCCCACACAAAUUAAGAGGAUUAAGAUAUUUGCGAGAAAAUCAUUGAAAAAAAUAGUGUAUGCUGAAGCUGAGGAGGAUUUUGUUGAUUUUCUAUUCAGCUUCCUCACAACACCAAUUGGAUCCACUAUGAAGCUUUUGGAUGGAAAUGCUUCUCUGGGAUGCAUCAACAACUUGUACAAAAGUGUGAAGAACGUCAGUAGCUUAUGGUUCAUGGGAAAUUCAAAUGAUCUCUUGCUUGAUCCGCAAGUGGCACCAAGAUUCGGUUUAAGGACUGGGCUACAACUGUUUUCUGAGCAACAGGAUCCUAUUUACUAUUAUGGCAGCAAUGAUGCGAUCUCAAGGAACCCUAGUCUAGUAAAAGAUGCUUGUUACAUGAAGCUAUUCGAGCCGAGAUUCUCUGAUGGCUUUAAACUCGGAUUUGUGAAGAGGCCAUCACUGUUUGUUGUGUGGGAUGAUCUGCAUGUGACACCAAUGGCUAAUGCUUCCAGCAUUUCAUUGUUACAAAAUAUAAAUGCUCCAUUGGAUGAUUUGGAGGAACAUGUGAUCAGCAUUGGGAAGGCAGAGGCAAUAAACCUGUUAGGGGCUUCUUUGACAUCCAAAGCUGCUUUGACAGAAGGUCUAUUCUCUACUUCCUGAAAAAGCCAAAAGAAGAACUUGGAUCACUUGUAAGAUUAUUUGGGUUGUGAUUUCUGUUUAGUUAUAUUUGAGUGAAUUUGUAUGAUGUGAUUGUGGUUGUGGUUUUAUGUUCUUAUUGGUAGUAUUUUUGUAAUAAUUCUAAGGCUGGCUAUUGUUUAGAAAU